UAUUGUUUUCUGUCAUUCCUAGUCAUAACCAUAACUAUCAAAUAAAAUAUUUUUUAUAAAAAGUUUAUGCAAGUUUGUUCUUUUCUUUAAUCACUUCACAAAAUGAAUGAAACUAAAAAAUUAGAGCACGCCUCCCUUGUUUCGAAAAUAUGUACACAACUGGAGAAUCAUAUAGGGUUAAACGACAAGGACGUAGCUGAAUUCAUAAUACAUUUAUCUGAAGAAAACAAUACUCUUGAGAGUUUUACAAAAGUAAUCAAAGAUAAUGACAUUGAAUUGUCGGAUUCUUUCAUUGCUGAUCUGCUUCAUAUUAUUCAAGACAAUAAUGGUAGAAUCGCUAAAAUGAGUGAGAAAGCUCCUACUACUGAAAAGAUGAAUGAAGUAGAAAAAUUGGAAUACCUGUCUCUUGUAUCGAAAGUGUGUACAGAAUUAGAAAAUCAUCUUGGACUCAAUGAUAAAGACGUAGCUGAAUUUAUCAUACAUUUAUCUGAAAAAAACAAUACGCUUGAAACAUUCACCAAAGCACUCGUGGACUGUGGGUCUGGAUUUUCUGAUUCUUUUAUUGCUAAUCUACUACGAAUUAUUCAACACAUGAAACCCCCAAAAAAUCAGUCGAAGGAAGAGGCUGCCAUUACUCAAAAAGAAGUAUUAGCCAAGAAAUUUCCAGGAUUAUCCAUUCCUAAUGAGCCUCAGAAACCACUUGAUCUUGAAGGGAAUGAAAAUGACAGCAUUGAUACAGAUAUUGUAGCAGAUAUGAUGAAACAGUUUGAAGCAGAUGCACCUUCAAAGAAAGAUAACAUUGAAAAGGAUUCAAGCCGAAGUAAAGAUGGUAAAAAUAGAAACGAUAGAAAAAGGUCAACUUCCCGACACAGAAGUAGCAGAAGAUCAAGAAGUAGAUCACCUAAGAGACGAAGAUUAAGUCCUAGAUCUUCUGAUAGCAAUUCCAGAAAAGACCAAGAACCUAGAAAAAGGUCAAGGGAGCGAAAAAGAUCUAUAGAAAGGGGUGAUGGGGUCAGAUCUAGAGAAAGAAGGGGUAGAAGUAGAUCAAGAGAUCAGAGGGGUAGAAGUAGAUCUGGAACUAGAAGAGACAGAAGUGGAUCAAGAGGAAGACACCAAAGAAAUAAGUCAAGGGAAAAAAGGAGGGAGAGGAAUCCGGAAAAGAGAAAACAAGAAAGAAAUAGCCCUGAGUUUGAGGAUGACCCGGUUCCUGGAAAGAUAUAUUGUGGAAAAGUCUCAAACAUUGUGCCAUUUGGGUGUUUUGUCCAACUAGAGGGACUCAGAAGAAGAUGGGAAGGACUGGUUCAUAUAUCACAACUUCGGGCGGAGGGGAGAGUAACCAAUGUCUCUGAAGUUGUUUCUAGAGGAAGCAAAAUUAAGGUGAAAGUACUGACUGUGACAGGUCAAAAAGUCUCCCUGUCUAUGAAAGAUGUUUGCCAAAUGACCGGUAAAGAUUUGAACCCUCACUCUCAUGCUCCUUUGGAGCGUGAAGAUAAAGAUAGAAACCCAGAUAGACCUGCAUACAGUAGCACAUCAGUGCUGAGACUUCCUGUAAGCAUCGAUGAAGGCGAGGAGGAUUCAAGAAAAAGAGUUACGAGGAUUUCUAGCCCUGAACGAUGGGAAAUCAAUCAGAUGAUAUCAUCCGGAUGUAUUGACAAGAGUGAGUUGCCUGAGUUCGAUGAAGAUACAGGGCUGUUACCCAAAGAUGAGGAUGGAGGCGAAGCAGAUAUAGAAAUUGAGUUAGUUGAAGAUGAACCGCCAUUUUUACAAGGUCAUGGUCGAGCUGUGCAUGAUCUGAGUCCAGUACGAAUAGUUAAAAAUCCAGACGGAUCUCUAGCGCAGGCUGCUAUGAUGCAAUCUGCUUUAGCUAAGGAAAGGCGGGAACAGAAGAUGCUCCAACGAGAACAGGAAGUCGAUUCUCAGCCAUCAGGAAAAAAUAAGAAUUGGAUAGACCCUCUUCCAGAAGAAGAAUCCAAAGCUACAACUGUCCGAGGGAUUGGCUUGCAAUCACAAGACUUACCAGAGUGGAAAAAACAUGUGAUAGGUGGCAAAAAAUCUUCAUUCGGAAAGAAAACAAAUCUAUCAAUAAUUGAACAACGUCAAUCACUUCCAAUUUAUAAACUGAAAGAAGAACUAAGAAAAGCAGUCACUGAUAAUCAGAUCCUCAUUGUAAUAGGAGAAACAGGAUCAGGAAAAACUACGCAAAUCACCCAGUACCUGGCCGAAGCGGGACUAACUGCUCGGGGAAAAAUUGGAUGUACUCAGCCAAGGCGUGUGGCAGCCAUGUCUGUGGCAAAACGAGUUGCUGAAGAAUUCGGUUGCAGAUUAGGGCAAGAAGUUGGAUAUACCAUACGGUUUGAGGAUUGCACGAGCCCAGAAACAAUGAUCAAGUACAUGACAGACGGUAUGUUAUUGCGAGAAUGUCUCAUGGACUUGGACUUGAAACAGUACUCGGUUAUUAUGCUGGAUGAAGCCCACGAAAGGACAAUCCAUACUGAUGUACUGUUUGGGCUACUCAAGCAAGCUGUUCUGAAACGAAAGGAGUUAAAACUGAUUGUCACUUCUGCUACACUGGAUGCAGUCAAGUUUUCUGAGUAUUUUUUCAAAGCUCCUAUUUUUACCAUUCCUGGUAGGACUUUUCCGGUUGAAGUUUUAUAUACAAAAGAGCCAGAGACUGAUUAUUUGGACGCUAGCUUGGUGACUGUUAUGCAGAUUCAUUUGAGGGAACCGCCUGGUGAUAUUCUUUUGUUUUUGACUGGACAAGAAGAAAUUGACACUGCUUGUGAGAUUUUAUACGAGCGAAUGAAAUCUUUAGGUCCUGAUGUUCCUGAUCUAAUCAUUCUUCCUGUUUACUCCGCACUUCCUUCUGAAAUGCAGACACGAAUUUUUGAACCUGCACCACCAGGCAGCAGGAAGGUUGUAAUUGCUACUAACAUUGCAGAAACAUCACUUACCAUAGAUGGAAUUUUCUACGUUGUAGACCCCGGAUUCGUGAAGCAAAAAGUUUAUAAUUCUAAAACUGGAAUGGAUUCUUUAGUCGUGACACCCAUAUCUCAGGCACAAGCCAAGCAAAGGGCAGGACGAGCUGGACGAACCGGCCCUGGAAAAUGUUACAGGCUUUAUACAGAACGGGCAUAUAGGGACGAAAUGUUGCCAACCCCGGUUCCAGAAAUUCAGCGAACGAAUCUAACAACCACCGUACUCCAACUCAAAACAAUGGGUAUCAACGACUUGCUGAAUUUUGAUUUCAUGGACGCACCACCAGUUGAAUCACUAAUCAUGGCUUUGGAACAGCUUCAUUCGUUAUCAGCUUUGGACGAUGAAGGAUUGCUAACAAGGCUAGGUAGAAGGAUGGCAGAGUUUCCUCUAGAACCCAAUCUUUCCAAGAUGCUCAUAAUGUCAGUUGAUCUACUAUGCUCUGAUGAAAUUUUAACAAUUGUCAGCAUGCUCUCCGUGCAGAACGUCUUCUAUCGACCUAAAGAUAAACAAGCUUUGGCUGACCAGAAGAAAGCAAAGUUCAAUCAGCCCGAAGGCGACCAUCUCACCCUUCUCGCUGUGUAUAAUAGUUGGAAAAACAACAAAUUUUCCAAUGCUUGGUGUUAUGAGAAUUUCGUCCAAGUAAGGACUUUGAAGCGUGCCCAAGAUGUUAGAAAACAAUUGUUGGGUAUUAUGGAUCGGCAUAAACUGGACGUUGUAUCAGCAGGAAGAAAUACCGUGAGGAUACAAAAGGCUAUAUGUUCAGGGUUUUUCAGAAAUGCCAGCAAGAAGGAUCCUCAAGAAGGAUAUAGGACCCUGGUGGAUGGUCAAGUGGUUUACAUACAUCCUUCAAGUGCUCUGUUCAACAGACAGCCUGAGUGGGUGAUAUAUCACGAGCUAGUACAAACAACAAAAGAAUAUAUGAGAGAAGUAACUACCAUCGAUCCAAAAUGGUUAGUUGAAUAUGCCCCUGCAUUCUUUAAAUUCUCGGAUCCAACAAAGCUGUCCAAAUUCAAGAAAAACCAGAGGCUGGAGCCAUUGUACAAUAAGUACGAAGAAGCCAAUGCUUGGAGAAUAUCAAGAGUGAGAAGAAGAAGAAACUAAUUUUUAUCAAUUCAUUUUUUUAUUGUGUGUGUGUUAAUGAAAGGUUUGUGAAUUUUGUGUAUAUAGAUAUUAUUUAUUUUAAAUAUAUAUUAAGAAAUAUCAAUGUUGAACAAAAUUUAUGUAAUAAGACAUAAUUUUCAGUUCUGACAAUUAGAAAAACAAAAGUCUAGCAUCAUUUUUUUCGCUGAGAGGGUACUAUCGACUUUUUUCAAAUGUAUCACUCGCCAAGUUCAAGUGAUGCUGUAUUUAUUGAUUGUUUGGAGGAACUAUUUUCUUAAAGAUAAUUUCAUACUGUUGGGUAAUGUUAAUAUUGAUUAUGCAGAUAACAAUUUUUUUUAUAGCAGAAAAAUCAAAAAUUUGUUAAAUA